AUGGUUUGCCGAGAAGUUGGCACUCGGUCGCCGAUUGGCGACUGCCGCCAGCCACAGCCGCGAGUAACGAACAUGAAGACGACGGACAUGUGCUCUUCAGGGAGGGGCUCAGGUUUCGCCUCUCUGCUCGGUUCGCGGUGGCCGUCAACGAGAAAGGUUCCCAAGAAGAGUGUUGUCAGCGGAGGCUGUUGUCCUCAUCCACCUCCCAUCCCUCCGUACCAGCGCAGCGGUAAACCUCAUCGUCCAACCGUUUCCACCGUUUGCUUUGUCGUCAUGCUGCUGCUACCGCAACCGCCAAUAUUUACCGUAUGGCAUCUGAGCCGACUGCACCGGACGGACGGUCGACAAACCAGCGACUUUGCCUUGUCGCCUGCUGACCCCAAAAUGGAUAUGGUCAGUGGCUGUGAUUCAUUGACCAAUGAAGCCGGUGCUUCGAAGACUUUUGGCUUUACACAGGUACCGUACUACCGUCGACACUUCACUGGUUUUUAUCAUUCGUUCGACGUAUUUACGCCCAUAAAACAAUCGUUCUAA